ACAUUGAGAUCUAAACUGCUAAAAAAACUUAGCAUGGAUCACUACUAUCGCACACCUCCUCUAUAAGUACCACAUCUCCACCACACUGUAAACCACCCACUGAUCACAUCCAUCUCAACUCCACAAGCUAACUAUGGAACAACAGAUCUUGUUAUAUACAUUCCUCUCCAUUAUCUCCAUCCUCUUCACUUUCAACUUCCUGCUCCAAACAAAACGACGCCGUUACAAAACCCUCCCUCCAAGUCCACUUUCUCUUCCACUAAUCGGCCAUCUUCAUCUCCUAAAACUCCCAAUCCAUCGAACCCUCCACCGCCUCUCACAAAAGCACGGCCCCAUUUUCUCACUCUGGUUUGGCUCGCAGCGCGUGGUCAUAGUCUCAUCCUCGUCGGCCGCACAAGAAUGUUUCACCACCAACGACAUCGUUCUAGCAAACCGUCCUAGCUUUAUCCUAGGCAAGCACUUAGCCUACAACAACACCACCAUGGCAACGUCCCAAUACGGUGAUCACUGGCGCAACCUCCGCCGCAUUAGCGCCAUCGAGAUAUUCUCCACCGCUCGACUGAACACAUUUUCGAACAUCAGAAAGGACGAAAUCAAACAGCUACUACUUAAACUUUCACAAAACGCACGUGAAGAUUUCGCACCGGUGGCGUUGACGUCUAUGUUCCAUGAGUUGACCUUUAACACUAUAAUGAGGAUGGUGGCGGGGAAGAGGUACUACGGCGAGGAUGUGUCGGUGGAGAAAGAGGAGGCGAGGCAGUUCAGAGAGAUUAUGAAGGAGGCUUUUGCUCAAAGUGGAGCGGCCAACCCGGCAGAUUUUUUGCCGAUUUUGAAUUGGGUUGGGAGCGACGCGUAUGAGAAGAGGGUCAUGAAGUUGGGCAAGAGGACCAAUAAGUUUUUCCAAGGCCUCAUCGAUGAGCACAGGAGCAAGAAGGGUGGAACUACUGGUACUAUGAUUGACCAUUUGCUUACUCUGCAGGGAUCACAACCUGAGUAUUACACUGACCAAAUUAUCAAGGGGAUUAUACAGGUCAUAAUAAUGGCGGGUACUGAUACAUCAGCAGUGACACUAGAAUGGGCCAUGUCCAGUCUCCUCAACCAUCCCCUCGUGUUAAAGAAAGCUAGAGCUGAACUUGAUGCUCAACUUGGAAAUGAACGCUUGGUGGACGAACCGGAUAUCUCUAAACUACCCUAUCUGCAAAGUAUCAUCUCCGAGACCCUCCGAUUAUACCCCGCAGCUCCAUUGCUACUACCACAUUUUUCAUCAGAUGACUGCAUCAUUGAGAGAUUCGACGUGCCACGUGACACAAUGGUAUUGAUCAAUGCAUGGGCCAUCCAUAGAGACCCAAUGUUGUGGGAUGAUCCUACAAGCUUCAAACCCGAGAGAUUUAAGAGUGGUGAGGACUUGUCACACAACUUGAUGUCGUUCGGACUGGGAAGAAGGGCUUGCCCUGGGGAGGGCCUAGCGAAACGUGUGGUGGGGCUGACUUUGGGGUCAUUGAUCCAAUGCUUUGAGUGGAAGAGAGUAAGUGAAAAGGAGAUUGAUAUGGCUGAAGGUAAAGGAUUCACAAUGCCUAAAGCCGUGCCAUUGGAGGCUAAGUGCAAAGCACGCUCUGAUAUUGUGAACCAGAUUAUGACGGCUUGAUCUAUAAACAAUAUUAUAAUAUUGUUUAUAAUAUUUUCAUAAAAUUUAAUUUAUGAACACCAUAAAAUUAUAAAUAAAAAAGAGAGACAUUUAAUA